GGCGCAGGGCGGUGAGUCCCGGACUGGUCCCGGCGGCCCCAAACUGGGACCAGUGACCCCGAACUGGGACCAGCGACCCCCGGAGCGGGAUCCAGACCCUCCCCCACACCCCCCAAACUGGGACCAGUGACCCCGUACUGGUCCCAGUAACCCCAAACUGGUCCCAGCAUGCCGGGCUGCUCCUGGCCCCGCGUGACCCCCGGAACGCUCCCAGUAACUCCCAGUAUCCCCCAGCAGCCUCCCAGUGCGCCCCUCUGACCCCUCCCAGUGACCCCCAGUCCCUCCCAGUCCCUCCCAGUCCCCCCACUCUUUCCCAGCUCCCCCCAAGUCCCCUCUCCCAGUCCCUCCCAGUCCCCCCAGUCCCCCCCAAUCCCCUCUCCAAUCCCCUCCCAGUCCCCCCCAGUCUCUCCCAGUCCCUCCCAGUCAUUCCCAGUCUCUCUCAGUGCCCCCCAGUCCCUCCCAGUACCCCCCAGUCCCCUCAAUCCCCUCUCCCAGUGCCCCCCAGUCUCUCCCAGUCCCCCCCACUCUUUCCCAGUCCCUCCCAGUAAUUCCCAGUAUCCCCCCAUGGCCCCCCGCCGUGUCCUGGGGGGCUGCGCCUGGCUGCUGGGGGGGCUGGCGCUGCUGCAGACCCUCUACCUGCGGGCCCUGCCGCCCCCCGCCCCCCGCGCCCCCCGCCGCCCCCCCCCGGGGGGUCCUGGACGCCUCGGGGGCGUUCCGGGUGUACUGGGACGUGCUGGGAGCCCCCCCGGGCUGGGCGCGGGACCCCCGCCCCGAGCUGGUGCUGGCGGCGCACGGCAGCCCCGGGCGGGCGGCGGCGGCGCUGGGGGGGCGCUGGGGGGGGCCCCGUGUCCCUGGCGGUUUUCGGGGAGCCCCGCGGGGGGCUGCAGCAGCUGCUGGCGGCUUUGGGGGGGCCCUGCCGGGCUCUGCGCGGCCGCCUCCGGCUGCAGGUGGUGCAGGGGGCGGCGGGACCCCCGCCCAAUUUCAUCCCCCCCAGAGCACCCCAAAAAUCCGGCGGGGGGGGGGUGCCGGGGGGGCUCUGGCCAGGCUGGCGGCCGCCGACCCCCCCAGUUACACUCUGGGGGUGCCGUACCCCGGGAAUCUGCUGAGGAACGUGGCCUGGCAGGGGGCGGCCGGGGGGGGCCCCGGCGCGGGACCCCCGCCCGAACUGGGGGCGCGUUUCGUGCUGCUGCUGGACGCGGACGUGGCGCCCAGCCCGGGGCUGCGCGAGGGGUUCCUGCAGCUGCUGCGGGACGGGGGGCUGGACCCCCAAAACUGGGGGGGACAGGAGCCCCGAAACCGGGGGGGACAGGGGGAGAUGGACCCCCAAAACCGGGGGGGGACAGGAGCCCCGAAACCGGGGACAGGACCCCCGAAACCGGGGGGCACAGGGGGAGAUGGACCCCCGGAACUGGGGGGGACAGGAACCCCGAAAUCAGGGGGGGACAGGACCCCCGGAAUUGGGGGGGACAGGACCCCCAAAAUUGGGGGGGACAAGACCCCCAAAACCGGGGGACGCAGGGAGCACUGGGGGACCCCAAAGUUCUGGGGUCUCAGAGGGAUUUGGGGGCUCAGGAGGAUUUGGGGAGCCCCAAAACUUUGGGGGCUCCCGGUGUCCUGGGGGUCCCCAACAUCCCAAAGAACCCCAAAAGUUUAUUGGGCCCCAAAGACCCCAGGGGUGUCCAAGCCCUGAGUGACCCCGAAGUCCUGAGUGACCCCAAUGCUCUGAGUGACCCCAAAGCCCUGAAUGUCCCCAACGCCCUGAGUGACCUCGAGGUCUUGAAUGACCCCAGAACCUUGAGUGACCCCAAUGCUCUGAGUGACCCCAAAACCUUGAGUGAUCACAAUGUUCUGAAUGUCCCCAACGCCCUGAAUGUCCCCAAAACCCUGAGUGACCCCAAUGCUCUGAGUGACCCCAAAACCCUGAGUGACCCCAAUGCUCUGAGUGACCCCAAAACCCUGAGUGACCCAAAUGCUCUCAAUGACCCCAACGCCCCAAGUGACCCCAAAGUCCAGAGUGACCCCAAUGCUCUGAGCGGUCCCAACACUCUGAAUGUCCCCAAAAUGCAGAGUGACCCCAAAACCCUGAGUGACCCCAACGCUCUCAAUGAUCCCAAAACCCUGAGUGACCCAAAUGCUCUCAAUGACCCCAACGCCCCCAGUGACCCCAAUGCUCUCAAUGCCCCCAACGCCCCGAGUGACCCCAAAGCCCAGGGUGCCCCCCACGCCCCGCGCUCCCCCCUCUCCGCCGAGCCCCCCUGGGCGCGGGCUCUCUUCGUGCUGCCCGCCUUCGAGCUGCGGGGGUCCCGCGCCCCGCCGGCCUCCAAGGCGGAGCUGCUGCGGCUGUGGGCGGGCGGCGAGGCGCGCCCGUUCUACGGGGCGCUGUGCCCGCGCUGCCAGGCGCCCACCGCCUUCGGCCGCUGGCGGGCGCUGCCCCCCGGCCCCCCCCGGCGCCCCCCGGCUGCGCGUGCCUACGAGGUGCCCUGGAGGGACCCCUGGGAGCCUUUCUUCGUGGCCCCCGCCCGCGGCGUGCCCCCCUUCGACGAGGGCUUCGUGCAGUACGGCUUCAACCGCAUCAGCCAGGCCUGCGAGCUGCACGUGGCCGGGUUCCGCUUCGCGGUGCUGGACGGGGCCUUCGUCACCCACCGGGGCUGGAAGGAGCCGGGCGGGUUCCACCGGGGCCGCGAGGCCGAGCUGGGCCGGAACCGGCGCCGCUACCGCGAGUUCCGGGAGGGGCUGAGACUGAGGUACCCGGGGACUGCCCGGCACUGCUGAGACACACCUGGGACACACCUGGGACACACCUGGGGACACAGCUGAGACCGCUGAGACACCUGGGACAGCUGGGAACCCCUCAGUGGACACCUGAGACAUCGUGGAACGUCCCAGCGGACACCUGGGGGCACAUGAGGACCCUGCAGUGGACGUUUGGGGGCACCUGGGGACCUUCAAAUGGACAUUUGGGGACACCUGGGGGCACCUGAGGACCCUGCAGUGGACAUUUGGGGACACCUGGCACAGCUGAGGACCCGCCAGGACAGCAGGGGACAGCUGGGGACACCUGAGAACGCUCCAAUGGACACCUGGGAACGCCCCAAAGGACACGUGAAGGACCUGCCGUGAGCACCUGGGGACACCUGGGACACACCUGGGGACCUGCCAGGACAGCUGGGGACACACCUGGGACACCUGGUAACACCCCAAUGGACACGUGAAGGACCUGCCGUGGACAUCUGGGGACACCUGGCACAGCUGGGACACCUGGGGACACCUGGGGACCCUCCCUGGACACCUGGAUGCCCCCUGGAUGUGGGCGUGACCGUCCCUCAGUAAAUUUGGCCACCUACCCACGAUGCCUCUGUGCGGGUGAUGUCAUGGGGGCGGGGCGAGCAGCUGCCUCCAGUACGGACCAGUAAGGCCCAGUACGGACCAGUGACGCCCAGGGCAGGAGGCAGAGACCCCGCCCAGGUUGUUUAUCAUGGCGAACUACAGCUCCCAGCAUGCAUCGGGUGCCAAGACGGCCGAACUUCCGCUCCUACGAGGCCUUAGAAACAACAUGGCCGCCAAGCAACUUCCGGUUUUGGCUUUGCUUUUGAACUACAAUUCCCAUCAUGCACCAGAAGCACGUGGCCGGAAGUGUUGGUCAUUUAUGGGACUACGGCUCCCGUCAUGCUCCAGGGCAAACAUGGCCGACUUCCGGUCUCGCCUCUCACUCAACAGGGCGGGAAGGCGCAGCAGCGCCCCCUGGUGGGCGGGAGGACCAAAUUGUUUUUUGUUUUUUUUUUUGUAAGGGAGGGGGAGGGGCAAUGGGGGAGGGGCAAUCCCAAAUUUGGGAGGGGGAGGGGCCCUGAAAUUCGAGACGGGGGGAGGGGACAGGACCCCCAUUUUUGGGGGGGUUUGUGACCCCCAAAUCCAGCGGGAGGAUCCGAUUUGAGGGAAAAACCCCAAAUGUGAGCUGGAACAAUGACCCAGAAGGCACCAAAGUCGCGGUUAAUAAAGGAUUUUAUUUGCAUUUUC